AUGAUGAUGUGCGUUGACGAGCUCGAGAGUCAAAGGAGAGAGCUUGAGGCGAGGAGAGCCAUGCUCGAGGAACGGUUCAAGCUUCGCCUUGCCACCGCCCAGGAGUUCGGCAUGAUCCACACCCAACGCCUCGGCCGGGUGCGGGAAGCUUUUGUGGCGCAGUGUGGCGCCGCUCGCAGGAGGAACCAGAGCAUCCUGGACAAGGCGAAGCAGAGCAACGACGCCUUCUCGCACGAGAGGGCUCUCAGUGGCUUGAGCCAUAAGAGACUCUCGCACCAGACGGAGCGCUUCUUGUCCGUAGCCGACAAGCUGUACCCGGCCUGGCAGGAAGAGCAGCUGCACAGGAAGACAAGACAGCUGGCAACGAUCGAGGAGGAGCGAUUCGUUACCGAGCAGCGGCGUAGGGCGGCGCGCGACAGGUUCGAGCAGGAACAGGCCCUGGCAGCGGUCAUCGCCGAAGGCCAGCGGCGGCUCGCCGCUGCAAGGGCACACGAGCGCAACGAGUCCGCGGUCAGGCAGGUCCGGCGGGGUCGCUCGACGGCCGCAGAUGGACAGGCCCUGAACGCGGAGCUCGAGCGGGUCAACGAGGCCGGCCGCAACGCUCGGUACGACGCGCUAGCAGGCGGCAGCAACAGCGCUCGGUACGGCGCGUUGGCAGAGGAGGAAGCGACCCGUCGCCGUCGCCGCCGCGGGGAGAACGACCCCCGCAGCAGUGACGAGAGUAGCGAUGGCGGCAGCGACGAUAGCGGUGACCGUGGUGAGGGUGCAGGCCGGCGAGGUAAGCGGUGCUACAUAGGCACGGACGAUGACCUGGAUGAUGGAGACGAAAGAGAAAGCUGCGGGGGUUCGGAAGGGGGGUCGGGUAGUAUUGGCAAGGCUCGGGGUGGUGCUGAGAGGGCCGUGCCGGCUUCUGAGGGCGUGGGGCAAGCCUGGAGAGACGGGGAGGUUCCCGCCGGCGUGAGGAAAGAACAGCGGAGCGAGAACGAGGGCGGUGGAGCCAACUCGCACGAAAGGUCGCGUGUUGCAGAGGGGUCAACAAGAAGAGGCAGGGGGCGUGGCGACGUCGAGAGCUUGGAAACAUACGUGCUGCAGGACGUGUUUUGCGCAAGGCAGGGAGAGGCAUCGCAUAAAGCCGGCCGCGUUGGGUACAGGGCUACGGGAAAUCCAGAGAGUAGAUGCGGUGACGACACAGCUGCAGCAGGGCUGGGUGCCAAUGGAGCAGUUGGAGGGGAAAGUUUACAACGCCGUUCUUCUUCUUCCCCACUCACCGUCCGGAAGAACGGCCGCCACGGAUCCGGGAUGCCGGUGACGGCGACAGCCAAACCGGAUGCAGAAAGGGCGCGGGAACGCAGGAGCAAAACGCGAGAUUCACGGCGCAGACAUCGCCGCCGACGGUCGGACGAGAACGAGGAGUUGUCCGUAGAACCACCGCAGAACCUGCCACCUCCGCCGCCGAAGAGAAGUGACGGUGGCUGUGACAGCGGGGUAGACGAAGAUGUGGACAGCGUCCAUGGCGUAGCGUCGGCGGGGGGAAAACCAAGCUACUCGACGAAGGAGACUGCCGAGUUGGACCUGCCUCGCCCUCCCGAGAAGCUAUCGCCAACCCCCGGUCAACGGGGAGACAGGGCCCGAUCGUUUUCUUCGUCGGAUGGUUCCGGACGCGUGAUGACCGUCUCGUCUGAGGGACCGGCGUCGAAGCUGCGGGACGGUGGUGGUAUAGCCGGAUCCAGUCGAAAGGGCGCGCGGGAGAGGUUGUCACGGGAGGCGACGGCUGCAGGGAACGGUGCGACGGGGGUUGUUAUUGCCGCAGCAAGAGUGCCAUCGUGGAGCGAAGAAGAAAAAGAAGAAGAAGACACAAACGAGGACAACGAUGCGGGCACCGAGGGGGAGAGUAAGAAGAGGGGAUCCACAACAGCAUCGGCGAUUCUCUCUUCAGAGGCCGCUGGGUUUGGCCAUGCUGUCACAUCAGUUCUGGGAAGAAAAGAUAGUCCUCGUGAUGGCCGCCAUGGCGAGCCCAAAGUCAGGAGGACACCAUCGAAGGAAGGGUAUCUCCCAACAACACUAGCCACGCCAAGCCGCCGCCCGUGUCUCUCUUUGCCGGAAGCGGCGAGAGCCGUCGCCGCCUUGACCGCGCAGAUCGAAAAUCUGUCGACGGUAUUGGCAGCAGCGCCAUACGGGGAUGAGCCAGGCCCGUCGUCCUCGCUAUCGCCGUCUCGUCAGGUUCUCGACGCCUACGGCUCGGUCGCCACGGUGCGCUCGGACGGGGCCAAGGCGGCGGCGGUGGCGGCGGCGGUGGCGGCGGCGGCGGUGGCGACCCCUGUCGACGACACGGCGGCCUCGACCUUCCCCCCGUCCGAACUCGCCGCGUUCGAGAUGGCGGACCUUUGCGCAGCCGUGCUGGACCUGAUCACCGUCCACUCGGCCGAGAUACUGCCGGCGGAAGCCCUGUCCGGCAUCGUCACCGCGGCCAAGGUCCGCGCGGAGCACCGCCGGGGCGGCAAGGCCCACCCGGGAAGGCUCCAGCUCUUCGACGCCGUGACGAGCCACGCACGCCGGUUAGCCUCAGGGAAGGAUCUCGGAGGGGUCGACCACUCGACCACGGCUAUCGCCGGCGUUUUUGCGCCCUGCUUCGAAGCGGCGUUCUCCUCCUCGACGGCGCGAGGGAAUCGCGCGGCAGGGGGCGGUGGUGCGAGCGAGCGCCUCCGACGCAAAGUUUUGGCCUUCCUGGAGUCGGCCGCCGGCUCGAACGGCGCCGUGGACCGCGGGGCAACGGCGGCCCGGAAGAAUCACUCCUCUUCGAAACCGACCCCGGCAAUACCCGUGAUGGCAGCUACCGGCCUCACGAAAAACCAUCGUGGCAGCAGUGGGUUCACGAAACGCGCCGAGGGUCUGCCAGACGGGCGACAACCCAAGGGACUAUGA